AUGGCUUCUCCAUCGCCGACCCUUUCCCCUUCUCUCCUCCCUACGCCAGACACAGCCAGUUUGCGAUCUUGUUCGGGCAUUUCCUCCAUCUCCAGCCUGUCAUCAUCCUCUGGGGCUUCUAGCGUAUCCAAGGCCAGUGCUUCUCGAAGACGCGGAUACGUCAGACCACAAGGGGCGCAGUUUGCCGAGUCGGCCAAAAACCGAGAAAGUGUCAUGAGCCUCGGGAGCAUUGCCCAUCUACAAUACUACUUUGCACGGACGGGUUUAUUGGAUGGGAAAGGUGGGCAAUUGGCCAAGAAGAAACAAAAUGGAGAGUACGAUAUUCCCAAGUCGUCUUUGGAUUCAGGUCAGACCGUCAUCGAGUCACCGAUUGACGACGAAGGGCAAGCUCUGUGGGAGGCCGCUCAGGAGGAGGGUGCGGAUGUCAUGCUUCCUCCUACGGUUUCCACCUAUAGCCAUCGACCGAACAAUGUUGCUCCUCCGCCGGAUCAAAAAACCAUGAAGAGAGAACUGGUCGAGGCACUAGAGAAUGCAUUACAAGCGGUUGAAUCCUGUGAACGUACGGCAAAUGAGAGUCCCGAAGAGCAGACGCAGGGGUUCCACGAGAUACAGGGCCUCCACGUGCUUGACACCACAACUCAGGCCAUCCGCGCCGCCCGAGUAUACUACACACUCCAUCCUAACCCGCAACGGCUCAACUCGAUCCGAUCGGACCAAGAAUUGCGGAGAGAUCUGCAUGCUGUCCUUGAUGUCUUGAAAAAAUGUGCUUCGCGUAACUUUUCUGGCGGAUUCAGAGAGGAUGAGCGGUUGGCGAUACUCGUCUGGGUCAGCGACGUGGGGAUGAUGAUUGACAGGGAAGCAAAAUUGGAAGAGGCUGACAAGAAAGAAAGAAAGGACUGGCACUGGAUGGACGACUCCAAAUGGAUCAACCGGGAUCGAGAACGGGACAUUAACUUCCUUGAUUUUCUCUUGAAUGGACAAUGUCAGAAUCCCGCAGAAGGAAACCUCGACAACGAUCCCAACUACUUUCGGAAUCUCGCCGAUGGGAGACAUCUCGUUCAAAUUCACAACGCGGCGGUGAAGCGAUCCAAGAAGCACUUUGACUACAUCAAGAGUUUCCAUGAAGACAUCGGAAAGCCAUAUCGACGAGCCGACAACCUCCGAUAUUGGAUGAAGGCGGCCGAGUUGAGAUGGGAACUGCGACUCAAGUUGGACGUCAUGGCAGUAGCUAACCAGGUCGACACUGAUGCUACUUGGACAGCCUUUGAAGAGGUCGUCCGACAAUGGUGCAGUGGCGUGCGUGCCGAAUUGACCAAAGAUUGGAACGGAGAAGAGGAACGCAAACUCCACGCACGUGCACGAAGCCUUGCAAUGGCAAGUCCCCUGUCGAGUCCAGCAAGACGCAACUCUCCAGCACCUCCUCUUCCCAGUCCGUCCAGGAGGAUCAUGAUAGCCAGUCCUCUCGGAAGCCCAUCGAAGAGGGCGAAGGCCAUAACACCACCCGACAGUCCUAGUCCUAGCCUGACACCAGUCUUGGUAUCUUGUGAGGAGGAGUCGUGA